ACAAGACACAAUCAGGCUUCCUUUUAAUCUGCUGACUUUUUUUAAAAGGGGGGAACAAAAAGACAAGAUGAAAGUGAAACAAAGUUCUUCAUUUCCUGCCUCUCUGAGGAUAAAUACAGUCCCCAUUCACACAUAGAGAACCAAAACGCCGGGAUGGAGCUGUGAAUCAGCAACCUACCACACUCUGGGAAGGAACUCACUCCACCAGAUCUCUCUGUGGCAGCUAGGAACUUGGCUUCAAGGAGACAGUGUACAGCUUAUGGGGGAACAAAAAGACAAGAUGAAAGUGAAACAAAGUUCUUCAUUUCCUGCCUCUCUGAGGAUAAAUACAGUCCCCAUUCACACAUAGAGAACCAAAACGCCGGGAUGGAGCUGUGAAUCAGCAACCUACCACACUCUGGGAAGGAACUCACUCCACCAGAUCUCUCUGUGGCAGCUAGGAACUUGGCUUCAAGGAGACAGCCAUGGCCACAGCAGGACACACCCAUGAUGAACAUCUGCUCAGAGAUGGAAGGAAGCAAGAUCUCCAAGAGAUGCUGAGAGAAGCUGGACUGGCUGUUGAGUACUGGUUGCCAAAGCUGCAGGAACACUUAGGUGUGACCUGUGCCCAAGCCUUGCAACACAUUGAUGAAGAGGACCUCCAGAAGCUGAAAUCCCAAGCUCAAUAUCCAUGGGAGAAAAGGGCCCUGGAGAAACUGCUGGAACUGUCACAGUCUGGUCUUUCAGAGUCAAAGCAGUCUCAUGUGGAGCUGAUAAACCAAAAGCAGAUGCAGGCACAACAGGCCCUGCAGGGACUGAGAGACUUGCUGUCAGAAGGUAGGCAGAGACAGGAAGAGGCAGUUAGGAGAAAGGAAGCAGAGCUGAGGCAAGCAAUGGAGAUCCCUGAGGAGUACUGGCCACCAUCUGAAAAGCCCCUUCAGGAAGUCAUGGAAAACAUGCAGAGACAACUGAAGGUCACAGAAGGGACACUGUCCAACAGGCAAAACCUCCCAGAUAGAGAUCUGGUGAGAUGGGCAUCUGGAGGGCUGGCCCUGCAGGGAAUUUUCAAAACCAGCCAACAAAGGGGCCUGCUAGAGAAGAGAGAGGAACUACUCAGUGUGCCCAAGGAGUUCUCACUCUUUGGCCCUGAGCAGGGUACAUGGAUGGAAACAAAAGAAUUCACCUCUUAUCAAGCACAGUCCAUGUUCACUCAGAGUAUAGAGAAGCUGGGCUUCAGUUUAACUGCAUCUGCUAAGGGUGGAGGUUGGGGAUUUAGUCUAGAAGCCGGUAUGGAUCACAGCAAACACUCGGAAUCCAAGGAAAUCCAAAGAGCACAUUCUGAGCACUCUUAUUUUUGCUCAACCAAGUUCAGCUAUAUCCCCUUGGCCUCCUGCCACUUUUCCAUGGAUCAGCUCCAGUUAUCCACUGCUGCUCUACAGGAAUUGAAGUGCAUUGAAGACCUCCUGGAUCAGACCACAGGCCCAAGCAAAAUCCCCAUGCUGAGGUGCAGAACUGAAAACUUCUUCCACAGGUUUGGCUCUCAUGCUAACCAAGGCCCUCUGCACCUGGGAGGGAUCUACUGGUGGAAGGCCAUUUCAGAAGGUUUCCAAAGUGGGCAACUGGAAGAAGUAAAACAGCAGUCAGCUGAGGCCCUGGAUAUUUACAUCAUGGGCAGCUACAGUGGCUUUGGAGUGAAUGUUGUUGCAGGUGGGAAUGUGUCCAACAUGCAUUCAAAAACAGACUUUCAGAGAAAAACUUCCCAAAAUCUCCAAACCAAAGUGCAAUUGUCUGUGGCCCAGACAGGUGGCCCACCAGAAGCAGAUGGAUUCGUGCAAUGGAAAGCUGGCCUUGUUGCCAGCAAUCAAACCUGGUGUGUCAUUGAUCGGGGACAUCAGCUAGUACCCAUUUGGGACAUCAUCCUCUUUAGCCACAGAAAUGAUUUUAGGAAUGCCCUCCAGGUGGCUAAGUGCCUGAAAGACACCUAUACUGCUGUGACGAGCCUAAAUGUCCAGAGCCAGGAUGGGGAGGAAAUACUGAGUGCUGGGAAGGAGGCUAAAGUUUUCCUAGAAGAUGUGAAAUCCUGGGAAGUAUCUGAUCCUGAAGAGCAGCUUAAAAAAUUAAUAAAUUUCAUGCAGAUGCUGAAUCAAAAAAUGAAAGGUUAUGACAUGUGGAUUAACACAUGUCUUACAAAUUGUGAUCUGCAGAAUUUUCUAGUAAAAACCGUAAGUUUUUGCAAGCAGUUUUCCACUUAUAAAACAAAAUUUAUUAAAUCUCAGUUGUGCAGUCUUCUGGAUCCACACAUCUACAAAGUGACAAACUUUCCUGAGGCUCACUCCAUCAUGCAGUGGAUCUUCCAGGCAGAGACUGAGCCAGAGCAAGUUACUAUCUCCCAAUUUUCUGAAUUGGUUAAAAUUCUAAGAAAAACCUACAAUGAACUCAUGGACUUGAAGUUCAAAUCUGAGUCCCCAGAGACAGUAGAAGAAGCUCAAAGAAAGGCCAAUUAUGAAAUCAGCUUGGCUCUCAGCUGCUUCUUAAAUUACCUCCAAGAAGCAGGACAGACAGACACACACCUCUUGUUACUUUCCAUUGCAGCUGCUGCAGGAUAUCAAAUGGUACACAAUACUUUUCAGUGUUUGGGGAGUGACGAGUUAAACUUCCUACUGAAUGAAAUGCAGGCUGCCCAGAAUAAAUACCAGGAGCUCAAAAGUAUUUGCAGCUACAGGGCUCAGGCAUUCCUGAUGCUCACAGGUCUGACAGCCACAGUUGGAGUCACAGCUAUUUCUCCAGAAGAAAAAAAACAACGCCUGGCAUUAAUGAGACAACACAUUGGACAAUCAUUGUCUGAAGAGGUUGCCCAUGUCCUCACCAAGCCUAGAGUAGAUGAUGAUUGGCAGAAUCUAGAGAAAGACCUGAGAUUGCUCAUUGAUGGGGAUUAUGAAGCCACAAAGCCAACUUUGCAAAUGGAUGACGUAAGAAAACAAUUGGAAAAUGUCUUCCAUGAGAAGAAACAACCCUAUGAACCACAUGAAAAUAAAAAUACAGAAAGGGAGGUGAUAGAAAAUGGACCCUUCCUAGACCUACUGCAGCGGCUAGGCUUAGAGCAUUACUACCCAAAAAGAAUGAGCAGAGCUAACUUCCAUCAGAUCUACAAGACUUCUGUGUACAAUACCCAGCCCAGCUCUGAACAGGACCUUCCCUUUUAUUUCCUGCAGAAGCUGCUGAUGCUGGAUUACAGCCUGAGACACCUGGUCUUCAAAGAUGAUAGAGACACAGAACACCAGGUUGACUCAGGAGUUUCCAAUCAAGAAAAUGAGGAUUUUGAUCCAUAUGAAGACUUUUUUGAAGAUGGACCUAGUUCCACUAAACCUUCAGCCACAAAGCCAUACCAGCCCACUAAGACUUACAUUCACCCAAUGGAUAUUCAGAUGGCAAUUUUUCACUGUGCAGAUGAUUUUGCCAGACAAUAUAUUUUGGCCAAACUUUCCAUUUGUCAAUUUGCCCUCCCACUUCUGGUGCCGAAUCCGUGCACUUCUCAAAUUGAAUUCUCCCUCUGGUCUCUCAGGCAAAUCAGGAGAAGUUGGCAGCAAGUCAGCAAAUCACCAGAUGGGAAGAAGAACAAUUACAAGAAUCAGCAGAUGUGUUGUGUCUCUACCUCCAUUGUGUCCUUCAUUAGAGUUGGAAAUGGCUUAUAUGCUUCCAAAUCUCAAGUCAUGAACUGCCUUCUUGGUAAGCGUAAACACAAUACAUUUUUUCACCGCCACUGCACAGGAAGUACAAAAGACUGUCUCUUGAUGGGGGGUGUAGUGGAAAUCUGCUGGUUCUGUCCUGGGGGGGAUGAUGAGGACAGAUUUGACAACUGUGUGACCUUCACCAAUCUUCACGGAGAUGCAAAGGAACACCCGCAGCAGCUCAUCUUCCUACAGGAAAUCUCUUCUCUCAUUGUGGUCCUCAUGUCGGUUUCUGAUAACAAUGAGGAAAACCGGAAAAUUGUCCGUGAGCUAUGCCAGUCAUCACAACCUUUGAUCUUCUUGAUUGAUGAUAAAGAAAAAACCAUAGCAAAUAAUUCUGGUCGGAGAGUGAGAAUUGGCAUCAGGAAUAGAAAUGAGGCAGAAUUAAUAGGGGAGAUCACAACUGCAAUCAGACAUCUGUUGGAGUCCUCUGACACUACUCUCAGCUUAGAGGACUGUUCCCAAAUUGCUCGCCAGCAAGGAUUCCUUAUUGAUGAAGACCAGAGAGACUGCAAGGAAGCCAAAGAAAAGGCACAGAUUCUAAUGGCCCUCAUGUCAGAAAUGGAGUUAUCUCACAUGAAGGAGGAGCUAUUGCCUCUUCAGGGACAGCUCUGGCAUCUCUGGUGUAAGAAGGACAAAGAACUCUACCAUCUGAGAGAAAAGGGGAAUCGGAGCAUUGAACAACACAAGAGUGACAUUGAAACUGAGAAACAAAUGAUACGGCAUGAACAGUUGACCAGAGCCUUUCCUCUGAAUGAGUUAAUGAGAUCUGUUCUUGAAAUUCUCCAGGGACAUUCACAAACUCACACCAAACUCUACUUCUUGCAGUGGCUGAGUGUGUUUUUUGACAAUCUGACUGCAGGACACUUGGAAAAGCUGCGUGAGAACCAAAAAUCAUUGUGGCUACUGGUACAAAAAGAGAAGAAAAAAGUAUCAAAGAGCAGUUCUCUGAAAGACUGGCAAAAUGAGAUAGAAGCCAUCACCACUGAGAUUAAUAACUGUACAUUGGGAGUUGAGCAACUUCUCAGAGAAAUUGGUCAGAUCUAUGAAGCUCUAGAAGAAGUCUCCUCCAAAAAAGAGAUUCUCUUUCUCUCCCUUCCUGAAAUUGCUGCAGAUCUGAUGAUAUAUGGUGUUCCCAUUGAGCUGAUGGAUGGGGAUGCUUCUUAUGUGCCUCUAAAGUGGGUGGCAGCUGUUUUUGACAAGCUUGCUGAGAAACUCGGAGACAAAAAGGUGUUUGUUCUCUCCAUCCUUGGCCUGCAGAGCUCAGGGAAGUCCACUCUGCUGAAUGCACUUUUUGGGCUGCAGUUCACUGUCAGUGCAGGCAGGUGUACACGGGGAGCCUACAUGCAGCUCCUGAAGGUGGAGGAGAAAAUCACAGGGGAACUUGGCUUUGACUUUGUGCUUGUUGUGGACACUGAGGGUCUUCGAGCCCCAGAACUCAGCAACAAAUCCCAGAACAGGGACAAUGAGCUGGCAACCUUUGUCAUUGGACUUGGAAACUUGACUCUGAUCAAUAUUUUUGGAGAGAAUCCAUCAGAGAUGCAGGAUAUCCUACAAAUAGUUGUCCAAGCCUUUCUGAGGAUGAAACAGGUGAAAAUCUCACCAAGUUGCCUGUUUGUCCAUCAGAACGUGGGGGAAGUUACAGCUGAAGAUCAAAUGAUGGAGGGACGAAGGCGACUAGAGCAGAGACUAGAUGAAAUGGCAAAAUUAGCAGCAGAACAAGAACAGUGCUCAGAUAUAAACCGCUUCAGUGAUGUCAUUAAGUUUGAUGUCAACACUCACGUGUACUAUUUUGCUCACCUCUGGGAUGGCAACCCUCCAAUGGCCCCUCCUAAUCCUCGUUAUAGCCACAAUGUCCAAGAACUGAAAAGUAGUAUUCUUAUGACUGCCAAACAGGAAUCCAAAGGAAGCAUCAUGAAGAUAUCAGAUAUAAAAUUCCGUGUUCAAGAUUUGUGGAGAGCUCUAGUGAAUGAGAACUUUAUUUUCAGUUUUAGGAACACUCGAGAGGUCAUGGCCAUGAGCAAACUAGAAACCAUGUAUAACCAGUGGACCUGGCAACUAAGGAGUCAUGUGCUAGACUUGCAGAACCAGCUGACCAACCAGAUUAAGAAUGGAAAAAUCCAGACACUCACAACAAGUACAGUAGAGGCUCCAAUUACAGAAAAAUAUGAAGCCAUCAAACAAGAAUUUGAAAAAUUUUUUGAUGAAGACACAGAUAAUGAAAUACUUGUUCAAUGGAAAGCAAACUUUGAGCAUAAACUCACAAUGCUUAAAGAGGCACUUAUUUCAGACAGCAGAAGAAAAUUCAAUGAACUUAUUAGUUUUAAAAAAAGCCAAGAAAGGCUGGAUAAGAAAAAAACAGACUAUGAGAGAGAAUUAUUGGAAAGGAGCAGGAAAUUGGCUUUAUCUAUAAAGAAUAAAGAAUUAAGCGAGGAAGAAUUACAGGAGAAAUUUAAUCAACUUUGGACAAAAUGGGUCUGUGAUGUGUCUUCAACUAUCCCUCAAGUCGAAGAACCUACUAUUGAUGUAGAUUCUGAAAACAUCCUCUUGGAUUAUUUCAAAAAUGAGAAAAAUAUGGGGGAAAUACUGAGUGAAAAUUCAGGAAAGAAUUUUCAAAUAAAUUAUGACAGACAUGUCAAAAUGAGUAAGAAAUAUUAUCUUAUCAAAGAGCAGUUAAAGACCCAUGAUAAAGAAUCCAUUAAUAUGAUUACUAACUACAUCUUUAAAAGAUUUAAGGAAACUAUUGAAAACAUUAGGAGGCAACAGCGUGAUUACAAUCCAAGUUAUUUCCAUAACAUCCUGAGACUAAUAGAUGAGGAAGUGAAAUCUGCACCCACAGAAGAAAGAUAUUCGUUUACAAAUAAAUACAAUAUUGACAUAGCUUUGUAUUUAUUUCGAAGAGCCUCACAGAAAUUUAAGGAAAUGCACAGGGCAUUCAAGAGAGCAAAUGAUCCUGUUAACUAUUUAGAGAGUAAGAAGGGUGAUUUCUUCAUGAGUUUUAAAAUCUCUAGCCAAGGUGCAACCUCCAUCAAAACAUUCGUUGAUUUUCUGUGGAACAAGCUGUCUCCUGCUGUGUCCACCACAAUAUGGGAAAAAAUAGUCCCUAAAAUUGCUGGGGACAUGAGAAAUAAUUGCUGUGAAUUCAAUGGAAACAGAGCUAACUUAGAAAAACACAUUCUCAUCUCUCUGGCAGAGAAAGAAAACUUUGAAAAGUACUGGCAAUACCUUCAUAAUCCAAAAUCAUUUUUUAGUAGUUACAUUGAAACCCAUAUUACAAAAUACUGUUCAGGAACAGGAGCUGAAACAAUAAAGCUUUUUUUAAAAAUAAGUUUAGAUGACAUCAAGAAUGCCUUACUCUCUGCUAUUCACAAAUCCACAGCAGAAGCUAAAGACAAAAACAGCACUGCAUCUGAGUGGCUGGAUUUGUUCUGUGAUCAGCUGGGGAGCAGACUGAUCUUUCCACGAAGUGACUUGAUAAGCAUUGAACACCAGGAAAUUAAAGACAUGGAAUUUCUCAAAGAAGCUAUGAGUGUAGCUUUGGAUCCUGCAAUGAAGACAGUUGAAGAGAACUGUCUGAGUAAACCAGUAGAAGGAAUUGUUCCUGAAAUUGAGAAAAUACUCUCUGAACACCUCUGUGGCUGCUGGAAACAAUGCCCCUGCUGUGGAGCAAUCUGUACAAACACAAUUCCUACACAUGAAGGAGACCACAGUGUCCCCUUCCACCGUCCUAUGGCUGUCAAUGGUGAAAUAUGGUAUAAAACCAACACCUUUGUCAUUGAAUGCUGUACUAGUUUGGUGGCAAGUGAUUGCUUAUUGGUUCUCGAUGAUGGCCGGAAAAUCCCAUAUAAGACCUAUAGACAAGCAGGAGGGGAAUAUGCCACGUGGAACAUCACUCCAGAUUCAUCCACCCAGCCCUAUUGGAAAUGGUUUGUCUCUCACUUCAGAUCAAAUCUAGAAAAAAAAUAUGAUAAAAAAUUUACAGGUAAAGGUAAAAUCCCUGAUGCCUGGGCCACAAUCUUAAAGCAGGAUGUGCUUGAUGACUUGAAAAAACAGUAACACUCAGAGUGGGCUAACUCAAAAGACUUCCAUAGCCUUGGUAACUCAUGACAAGAGACUAGGGUGAUUACUGAUGCCAUAAACAAGAGUGUCAAUUGUUAAAUCAACAACAGGAGGUCACUGUGCACUUUCUCCCCCUGUAGGAUCUCUGUCCAUUAAGUGUUGUACUAUGUGAAUCAAUGGUAUAACUAGUAAUCAAACAGUACUUUACACUUUGUGUUUCUGUGUGGGUGCAAACUGUUGAAAUCUUUACUUAAUAUAUGCUAAAUUGAUCUUCUGUAUAUAAAGAUAAUUGAAAAUUAAUCUUGAUGUGAAUGGAAUGGGAGGGGGAGUGGGAGAGGGGAGGGUUGCAGGUGGGAGGGAAGUUAUGGGGUGAAAAAGCCACUGUAAUCCAAAAACUGUACUUUGUAAAUUUAUAUUUAUUAAAUAAAAGUUUUAAAAAAAUAGCCCUAGGAUCUCAACAAAAGACUCAUGGCACCUGGACAACCCUAACACACCUCCUCGUCACAAUGAGAACCCCACUACUGCCAUUUUAAAAAGGAAACAUGCCAACACAAGUCCAUUAUCUGUUCAAGAGUUGAAGAUUUCCUGUGAAAGGAUUUUAUGUCUCUAUGCCUCAACUCCUUCUGAUUUAAAAACAAUUUAUACCAGUGAAAACAGUCCAGGGAAUGGCAGCCAAAUGACUUGGAUCUUCAGAGUAGAGAGAUACCAAUGAUAACUCUACAUCCUAUGUCUAUUUAAAGGACUUUAAGCAUAUUCUCAGAUUCAGGUCAGAUGAAUAUGUCUCCAGAAGAAAUCAUCUAACAGGAAAAUUAUGAAGGACAGGUGUUCUUGAACAUUACAGCUUUCCUUUCAUUUCCUGGAAAACACACUUGAUGAGAGUUGGAAAGGUCUCCUAAUCUGAUAAAAUUACAAUAGUGAUGGAAACAGAACACUUGCACAGCACUGUGCCUAUCUCUCACAUCAUUGAUCCUUGGAAACUAUACAAUGUUCAAUUAUCAUUUGCUGAAUGUUGCUCAUAUUUGUUUAAAUGAAGCCACAAAAGCUUUUAACUAAGAAGUAUCUUGUAUCCUGCUAUCUUUGAUUUUCAAACUAAAAUAACUGUAUAUAAAUAAAUAAAGGAUCAUUCAUAAAUUCC